CCAGCUGUCACGCUGUGCAGCCAGACGCCCGUGCCUGGGGGGCGCGUGCAGGUGUUGCACGGAGGAUGCUGCUGCGGGCGAGGCCUUUCGGGGUCCCCGCGGCGCUGUGCCUGCUGCUGCCGCAGGUGGUGGUGGGGUUCGAGCCCGUCAGCGUGUACCUGGCCGUCGGAGCGGCGUCUGCGCUCACGGGCCUUCUGCUCAACAAGGAUCUGUAUUGCCGCUUCACCGAGUGCUGCCUGGAGGAGAGGCCUCUCAACGCCACGGCUCUUAGGUUGGACUUGGAAGAGAAGCUGUUCGGGCAGCACCUGGCCACCGAAGUUAUUCUCAAGGCGCUGACGGGCUUCAAGAACAAUAAGAACCCCAAGAAACCUUUGACUCUCUCCUUGCACGGCUGGGCUGGCACCGGCAAGAAUUAUAUCAGCCAGAUCGUGGCCGAAAACCUGCACCCCAAGGGGCUGAAGAGUAACUUCGUCCACCUGUUUGUGCCAACUCUGCAUUUCCCACACGAGCACCAGAUAAAACAGUACCAGGACCAGCUGCAGAAAUGGAUCCGGGGCAACGUGAGUGCCUGUGCCAGCUCAGUGUUCAUUUUUGACGAGAUGGACAAGCUGUACCCCGGGGUGAUCGAUGCCAUCAAACCUUUCCUGGACUACUAUGAGCUGGUGGAUGGUGUGUCCUACCGGAAGGCCAUCUUCAUCUUCCUCAGCAAUGCCGGUGGAGACCUGAUCACCAAGGCCACCCUGGAUGCAUGGCGGGCAGGCAAGAAGAGAGAGGACAUCCAGCUGAAGGAUCUAGAAGCGGUGUUGUCACUUGGGGUCUUCAACAAUAAGCACAGUGGCCUAUGGCGAAGCGGGUUGAUUGACCGGAACCUCAUCGACUACUUCAUCCCCUUCUUGCCCCUGGAGUACCGGCACGUGAAGAUGUGCGUGAGGGCCGAGAUGCGGUCCCGUGGCACUCCCAUAGACGAAGCCAUGGUCACCCAGGUGGCCGACGAAAUGACCUUUUUCCCCAAAGACGAGAAGAUUUACUCAGACAAAGGUUGCAAGACAGUACAGGCACGGCUGGACUUCUACUAGCCCCUUGCUGCUGUCCCCAGAAGCCUGGAAACUUCUGAGGGUCAGGUAGGGGCUGCAGGGCUCCCUGAAUGGGUAAGCUGCCCAGUUUCUCCCAUGUGCCUGGAAGCAGCAUUUUGCACAGUGGCGGCACUCCCGCCCACCUCUGCCCUCGCCAGAUAGGCCUGGUUUCGCCUCAAGUGCCUUGAACGUGGCUGUGGGAGGUUCCCCUCGAUGAAGCCUGACCCCCAGCUCGGGAGUGCCAGGCCUUCCUGGGAUCUGGGCACUUGACCCCUAUUCAGGGCACAGGCAGCGAUGAUAAU